AUGUCAGAACCAAAAACCUCCAAACGAAAACGUACUGAACGGCCAGAUGAAGAGGCAUCGCGCUCUGAAGACACCGUGACGCGUUCGGAAAAGUACUGGUUCGACGACGGGAAUGUCGUACUUCAGGCGGAGGGCACACAGUUCCGCGUGCAUCGAUCGUUCCUCGCACUCCAAUCUCCUGUUUUUGCAGACAUGUUCUCGAUACCUCAACCUCCCAAAGGCGAAGGUCUUGUGGACGGCUGUCCCGUUGUGCAUCUGCAGGACUCUUCGAAGGAUAUCGACAAUUUGCUUGGGCUAUUGUUUGGGUGGCCAUAUGUCCAAGAUGUCUCUGGUCAUUGGGUUCAGUUAUACGCGCCAACCAUGGUGACUUCUCAGUCUGUCCCUACUGCAACUCAUGGAUUUCCUGCUGUGUCCCAGAAUGAAACUGCCCCGACUCGCCCCCAUAAUAACAUGGAGGAUGGUCCAAACCAACCGCUUUCUGAGGCUCUUGUGAUUGUUACAUCCACUCGAGCCCCGACAGCCGGCCCUUCUACUGCAGUGAUCGAUCCGGCGCUUUUACCUCUUCCUGAGGUCUCGGACGACGACCUCUCUGACCCGGUCACAAUUGUGAAGUCCCAGGGCCAUGCCACUGCGAAGAAGGUCGCUGGAUCACGUCAGAAGGGCAAGGGCAAACAGCGCGCUGUACUAACCGAGUCUCGCGAUAAGGGAAAGGAGAAGGCCACCGCUCGCAAGCGCAGGCAUGCCUCGGAUGAUGAAGAAGUUGAGGUAGUAGCCAAGCGUGGCCGUCCCAAGGGUGCUGGCAACUACACUGCAGACGAGGUUGAUGCCCUCCUUGACUUUGUCGAGGAGGAGCUCCCUCUUGGCCAACGCGGGUGGCAGUCCAUCCACCGUGGUUUCACUCGCUGGGCUCGUCGUAACGAUGCUGCUGAACGCACGUUAAAGUCUCUGGAGACCAAGUUCAAACAGCUUGUUAAGACCACGAAGCCCACUGGUGAUGCCUAUUGUCCCCCGGACGUCAAACGAGCACACAAGAUUGACGGGCGUAUCAACGAGAGGGCUGCCACCCGCGAUCUCAACGACUCCGACUUCGAUGAUGCUGCUCAGUUGACUGGUGGAUCUGAAGAUGACGACGACAAUGCCGACGACAUCCCAGAGGCGCCGAAGAAAUCGAGGAAGGCGGCAUCCGCUGGCAACCGUGGUAUCCAGAAUGCUAUCAUCCGCCGACCUGACCCCGCUGUCCAGCGCCGCUCUUGGUCAAACAACGUCGACCUCAUCGGAAAGCUUGCCAAUGCCUUUGAUCCGAGUGUCCAACAAGCUCGUGAUGAGGAACACGCCAACCUUACCAUUGAGUCGCUCCGCUCCCAGCUCUCUACUCUCCAGACCCAGGUUCAUGAGGCCCAGCGAGCCCGCGAUCGUGCUGAGUUGCAGUUGCAGCUCAUUGAAGAGGGUAGCCGCCAGUCUCGACCUUUCAGGAGGAGCCGCCACAAUGGGUAUGUCAAGCGCUCGAAGUCCACAAAGCGUUCAGUCCAGCGUGUCCAGGGAAAGAUGCAUUGCAAGGAGAGGUACCCGGAGGGAGGUAUACACAUGUACUGGGUCACGGAUCCCUCCUCUACCUCGGGUGAGAGUGAUAAGGAGAACGAGGACCCCAAUUUCUUCUGUCGCCGCUGUGACAUUGACUAUAGAGACCAGCCUUCGUCGUCGUCGUCGUCAGGCCAUCACUUUGGCAUAGAGUUGCAAGCUUUGACUACUUCCCAGCCCAAUGCUGCCACUGCCACAGCUGGCAAGGACCAAGAUGGUGAGGAGGGUGACCAUGACGAUAUAUACGUCAAGGAUGCUGAUGGGCCCAAGGACGAGUAG